GCCUCAAUAAGCCUCAGCUUCUGCUCUCCGCUUCCCGCCAUGUCCGUCGUUUCUAGGUCCACUGCGUCUCUGCGAGCCGCAAGGGCUCCACUUUCUCUCUCGACGAGUCGAAGGAGUUUCACCACCGCAAACGCCGACGGUAUCCGCGUAGCCGCUGCUGACGAUGGAGCGCAAACUGCUGCGAUCACGGUGGCUUUGAACGCUGGACCUCGAUUCGAGAGCUCUCCCGGUGCCGCUCACGCUCUCAAGACCUUCGCCUUCAAAUCGACUGAGAAGCGAUCUGCACUCGCUCUGAUCCGCGAGACGGAACUGUACGGCGGUGCCCUUUCUGCAACGCUGUCCAAGGAACAUCUCUUCCUGACUGCGGAAUUCUUGCGUGGAGAUGAGGAGUUCUUUGUGGAGAUUCUCGGCGAAGUGCUCGGCAAAAGCUCCUUCUUGCGUCACGAAUACGACGAGGUAGUUGUGCCCUCUCUCAGCGACGAGUACCAGAUCAACCAAUCUACUCCAGCCGCUCUAGCCCUCGAGGACUUCACGCAGACCGCCUACCGUCAACGUGGGCUCGGUGCCAGCUUGUACGCGACUCCCGUCUCCCCCCUGAGCUACGACACGGUGACCUCUUACGCGAAAGCGGCUUUCGCCAAGUCCAAUCUUGCUGUCCUUGGCACCGGCAUUGAUGCUUCAAAGCUGUCAUCGUUGGUUGGCAAGCACUUCAAGUCCAUCUCCGCCGGCAGUGCUCUGAGUCCCGCACCUUCGAAGUACUUUGGCGGCGAGAACCGCAUCGCAUACCUGCCUCCUCACGGCUCCGACUUUCCCCGCGCACACGAUGCGCACCUUGUGCUCGGCUUUGAGGGUGCACCACUAGGAUCUCCUGAGCUUGCCGUUCUGCGUGCACACCUCGGAGGCCAGGCGUCAGUGAAGUGGAACGAUGGCUUGUCAGCGCUUUCUAAGAUCAGCGCCUCCAACUCCACCAUCUCUGCGAACGCUUUCAACUUGGGUUACUCUGAAGCAGGCUUGUUUGGCGUUCAGCUUUCUGCUCCUCACGCCAAGAUUGCAGAGGUUGCAAAGGCGGCGGCUCAAGCAAUCAAAGCGAGCGCUGACAGCCUCUCCUCUGAGGAGCUUGCUCGUGCUGUUGCAAAGGCUAAGUUCGAGACUGCUUCCGCAUUGGAAAACCGCGCUGGUGUUCACACUCUUGCUGGCAGCCACCUGUUGUCGGGCAGCCCCGUCACAACGCUCGAAGAAGUUUUCUCCAAGCUCGAGGGCGUUAACGCUUCUGCUGUCUCAUCGGCCGCCGGUAAACUCCUCAAGAGCAAGCCAACAGUUGUGGCAGUCGGCGACGUGCACAAGUUGCCUUACGCAGACGAGCUUCUGUGAUCUGAUCCCAGCGAACUCUACUAGAAAGGACGCAAUGCAUUCGAUUCACAUUAA